AGGUAAAAACAGAAAAAAAAAUUAAAAGAGUGAAAUAUAAAAAUAGCAACGCAAAUACAUGAGUGCCUAUGUAUGCACGCAGGCACCAAAGUACAGAAAAACCAAGAAAUCAUUAACACCACCAACACAACCAACAACACAAGUGACAAUAACAAACACAAACAGCUUACCGGCCAGUGGUGGCAGCAAGAGCAGAAAAAUUAAAAACUAAAGCAGAAAAAAGACAGCCACACCAACUAAACCAAUAAUCGCAGCAACUACAUAAGUGAGUUGAUAAUGCGAUGUACUACAAUAUUUGUUACCGUGAAAAAACUCAAGGAUAUUGAGCUGAUCAAUAAUACAAAAAAUCUACAAAAUAAUAACAAACCGACAACGCCAAUUACUGGCGCCUCAAAUGAUAAAUCAACUGCCGCUAUUACAGCAGCAACAGCAUCUAUAACAACAUCAACAAAUACAAACAAAAUACCCACUGAUACACAAAAUAAUCUCAAUUUGAAAACCUUAGAAAGUGUUAGUCUUAAUUUAAAUGUAAAUGUCGACAAUGAACAAACUCAUAAUAACCAAAACAACAACAACAUAACGCCAUCAGCUAAAUCAUUAGCAACAACACAUAAUGAGAAUUGUAACAAUUUACUAAAAACAACAACCGCAAGCAACUAUGCGAGAGAGGAAUUAACGCAAUCUCUCAAAGAAGCGGAAAGUUCUUUAGGAAGAUCAACAACAAACAUACCCGCUGAAACAACAACACUAAAAUCGAACUCAAUCGACAAUAUGUGCACAACAACAACAGUGACAACAGCAACUAAGCAAACAGCUGAAACGGAUAAUCGUCAUCACAACGACAUGCACGACGAUCGAAUGAAGGACAACAAUUCGGAUUCGGACUCGGCCCUCUCAUCAGCGCCGCCAUCCAUAAGUCCACAGCCGCCACCAGCCGGGCUGGACACGGCCGAUAUCUGGCAAAUGAUUCGCACCUACAGCACAGACCUGCAAAAACUACAAAAGGAUAAUGAAAUACUGCAAAAAGAAAAUGAGCAUUUGCAUGCGGAACUAAAUUUGGCCAAGGAGCACAUUCUGGAUGCUGAAAAGUCGAGCAUGGAGGUAAACAACAAUGCCAAAUUACAACAACUCAUGCUACGUGUGAAGCAACUAGAGGAGCAGGAGCAUCAGUUAAGCACAGAGGCGGAUGAGUUGCGUGAACAAAAUGAACUGCUGGAAUUCCGCAUACUCGAGUUGGAGGAAUCAAACGAUAAGUGGUCACUGCAGAGCCAUACAACAGCUUCGACCGCAUCGCAUACAUCACAAACAGCCACAUUUCCCACAGCAAAGAACGUUUGGGCGGGCCGAGAAGAUCCCAUGCAGACGAUUUUUGGAAAAUGCGGAAACGGUGUCACAAACGUUGAGUCUGGCAUUGCAUCGGCACACAGUCAGCAGCAUGCGGAAGAUGAAGCUAAUGUGCUGCUAGAUCCCGCUAAUGAAGAGCUACGUAGUCGAAUUUCACAAAUGUUGAAGAAGUCAACGCUCGACAGCGAUGACAAAGACUGUCUACAACAGCUGAUUCGAUUGGUGCAACAUUUGGAUUUGAUAGCGCAACGCAGCGGACCCAACUCGCUGAAUACCAACUCGUGCUCGAGCGAUGAAGCCAACAGUUUGGACUUGGCAAAAUCGCGUAUAUCGGACUAUAGUUCACCAUCAUCGCCGUCAAGUGCUCGUUCCGCAUACGAAGCGAGCAGCAACAGUAGCAACAGCCAUCCAAACUUAAAGUCAGUCACAAAAUCUGCCGUACCUGCCACACAGCCCUCCAACGGAGCACGUAUUGUUGCAACUGUUUCGCCUUACAAUAGUUCACCGCAGCAUCAGGCGAUUUAUAGCCAAAAUAGUGGUAGCAAUCAGCUGGUACCCACGAAUACACCAACCGAUUCACCGCGUAAGUCGCGCCAGGCCUGGCAAAGUAACAGCCUUAGCGAGAGUGGGGUAUUCGUUGAGUCAGAUUUCUUGAGUGACGUCAGUGAAAAUAACGUCUGCACUCAGACCGAUUUCGAGGACGAAAGUGUCGCACACGCAGCGCGCGAUUUUUGCAACGAAUUACAAAAACUCCAGCACACUGAUCCUACACAUAAGGUCGGCGCCACCAAAGUACUUGCCCAACUGUCACAAAGUUUAAGCGAGCAAAAGCGAUUGCAGUAUUAUAAGGAACGUGUGGCAUUGCUCGAGAAUAAGGUUCUGGUAUACGAGAGUUCCGGCGACUUGCAGACCAAGCGUUUGGCUGAUCGUCUCCAACGUGAGAUUCUACUCGAAAAGGAAUUGAAGGAGCUACGUGAUCGGGUCGAGUUUUUAGAGAGUGAAAACUUGACACUCGAGGAAGAAAAGUGUGAAUUUGAAGAGGCUGAAAACGACACACGUUUACGCCUACAGCGGCUUGAAGUAGAGCUAGAAAUUCUCAGUCAACGAAACGUUGAGCUGGAAAUGUCCAGAGAGGCGUUGAGUGCCAAGUACAAAGAUUGUCGUUCUGAGUGUUUGAUUUUACGUGACGAUCUAAACGCAACCGAAACGCAGAUUCGUCACCUCGAGGAAGAUAAGCAAAAAGCCAAAGAGAAUCUAGAGAUACUUCAUAAUUUGUUGCCAUUGUUAUUGACUUAUCACACCACGGUCGCGUUCACGCAGUGGGCGAGCACAAACAGCAACGAAUAUAUCCAACCAGAAACGCCUAAGAAAACACACGAGAGUCAUUCACUUGGCAAGAACAUAGAGACUAAAAUGGGUAACGUACCACCAAUGGUUUCCGAUCGUGUGAACGAUAUGUUACCUGCAUUUGCGGGUAAUCAGUUCGAUCGCGCCUCCCGAAUGACACACUUUAACUGCGACAAUCAAUUUUACAAUAAUGAAACUCCUGAAGUGUCGAGCUGUGUGUGCCAGUACCUGAAAGAAGAAGUGGAAAGCUUGCGAAAUCAGAUUAGGGACCUAAAUUCUCGUCACUACGAGGCCAUGGAGUCUGCUGAUUGCCAUUGGGUGGAGCUGGAGCGGCAGUAUAAGGAUCGCGAAGAGGCGUUCCGUGCCAAGGAGUGUUGCCUCAAAUCGAAAAUACAGAAACUACAGGACUGUUUGCGCGAUGACGCACGCGCCGCCAAUGAAAAGAUCUGUCAAUUAGAAGAUGCGGAGCGCGACUUAAAGAACUGUCUUGUGCGUGUAUCGAAGGAACAUCGCGACCUACUGGAUGAUCAUGAACUGAUCAACACCGAAUUCGAACGUGUGAAGGAACAGCUGGACGCAUUGAAAGCACAGCAAAAGCCAACAAUUGACCAGCUCGAACAGGAAAAGAAACUUAAUAAGACAUUGAGCGAUGAAUUGAGUUUUAUGCGAAAACUGCAACAAGAAACCGAAUCAAGAAAUUUAGCCGAAAUGGAAGCUUUGCAAGCACAACUGUUUGAAUUGAAGAAGGAGUUCUUACAUAUCGAAGUGACCAACAGCGAACUGAAGGAAGAAGUGGCCACGUUGGAGCAGCAGAUUGCAAAAUUGCAGACCACCGAGAAGGAAUUUGAAGACAAGAUACGCGUACUGCAAGACGAGGUGAAGAGCAAGGAGGAAAUGGUGCAGAAAUUGGAGAAACGGCUGGAGCGCUCGGAGGGCUAUAGCUUGGCACAGGAGCUGAGCGGUAGCCCAUCGAAACGUUUCAAACGAGAAGAUGUUAAGGAUCUAAAAACGGCCAGCUCCGCUUUAGGAAAUGCCCUGCGUAACUUCAAGGAGUGCGAUACAAGUCUACCUUCGCACCAGCAAUUCUCUAGUGUGGCGCGCGAUGUGAAGCGACUGGCAGAUAGCCUUCUGCAUGGCGAUUCGCUGGACGAUGAGGUAAGCGUUAAGUUAGACGAAACUGAAGAACUCAAUACUGAGUUAGUUGUGAAAGAUCAAAUCGCUGAGGAGCCUCCUGAGGUUUCUCAAACAGAAAAUAUGCAACAACCAGAGGAACAUGGCGAUGAGCCUGCGCCCGUUGAAGAUUUAACAGUAGCUAUGGCACUUAUCCCACAGUUAGUUAUUGACGAAUGUCUCAAGCCCCUAUUCAUGACCCCCAAAGAAAAACCCACUUGUUUGAAGCAAAUAUGCGAGGUGCCAUCCGAGUUGCGCAUGCUUUCAGCAAGUCAGCGCGAGACAACGAGAGCUUCAGAAACAAUCAAGCGGCUCUCGCUACCAACCUCUCAAAGGAAUUGGAAGCGACGUUUGAGGCGCCGCGCUCUACACACACGAGUACGUCGCAUUGUGUCGUGUUUCAACCCAUAUCGACCGAUGCGAUUCCAUGAUGUAAGCGAUGUAGAUAUAAGCCAAUCGGAAAUACUACAGCGCUUCGACAGCUUCCAUUCGCUGCGCGAAGAUGCGUCGCUACAUAGAAUAGACGUCUGCACCGAAACGGAUUUUGAUAAAAUCGAUAAAGAGACAGAGACUGAAGGCGUUUGCAUCGAAAGCAAGGAGAGUAGCGUUCAGGUGAAUGACGAUAUGAACCCAGAACGCCUGCUCGAUUGCGUGCCUUCGCAGACUCGUGUGUUUCUGAAUAUGCUAAAGACGUCGAUUCCACCAAAUUCCCUAGAACUGAACGAGUUCAAUAAGAAUCUCUUGAAACGUUGGGAAGCCGACAAGGAGUUUCGUGAUGGCUUAGAAAUAUUGCAAGCCUACUCGAUUUUCGACACGGACAACAAUGAACAGGUAUCUGCGGAGAACUACGAGCAUUUCGUGAAUGCGAUGUCGUGCCUGCAUGUGCUCGAAGAACUAUUUAAGCCGUUAAAGGUGCCGAUUAUGCAACAAAUCGAAGAUCAAAUUAAUGAACAGCUCAUGGAUUUCCAUACCAAAAGAAUGGAAUCGGAGUUCUACUGCACUGUCUACUAUCCGGUUAAAAGAGAAAUGCGGCCAGAGGUACUUAAUAGUUAUGGACUCCUCAUGGCCAAUCCAAUGUAAAUAUCAAUGGGCAUCGGCGCGAGUUGUGUGAUUGAUGUGAUGGAUAGUGAAGCCUUCAUGAACGGAUUUUUGAAAUAUGUAUAAAUU